AAGCGCGGCGGUCGAACGGCCGGUUCCGGCUGAAUGUCAGUGCGGAGCUGUGGGCCGGGGAGGAAGGUGGUUGGCGGUCCCUCUACCACCUCCGCCGCUGCCUCCUCCGCUAGUGCUGCCGCUGCGGGCGCUCGGUCGCUCGGCCGCUCGGGCAUGAGGCCGUGAGGCGGGCAACGGGUCGGGGCCGCCGACAUGUUUGGCCGCUCGCGGAGCUGGGUGGGCGGGGGCCACGGCAAGUCUUCCCGCAACAUCCACUCCUUGGACCACCUCAAGUAUCUGUACCACGUUUUGACCAAAAACACCACAGUCACAGAACAGAACCGGAACCUGCUAGUGGAGACCAUCCGUUCCAUCACCGAGAUCCUAAUUUGGGGAGAUCAAAAUGACAGCUCUGUAUUUGACUUCUUCUUGGAGAAGAACAUGUUUGUUUUCUUCUUGAACAUCCUGCGGCAGAAAUCAGGCCGCUACGUGUGCGUUCAGCUGCUGCAGACCUUGAACAUCCUCUUUGAGAAUAUCAGUCACGAGACCUCACUCUAUUAUUUGCUCUCUAAUAACUAUGUAAAUUCUAUCAUUGUCCAUAAGUUUGACUUUUCCGAUGAGGAGAUUAUGGCAUAUUAUAUAUCAUUCCUGAAAACACUUUCGUUAAAACUCAACAACCACACCGUCCAUUUCUUUUACAACGAGCACACUAACGACUUUGCCCUGUACACAGAAGCCAUCAAAUUUUUCAACCACCCCGAAAGCAUGGUUAGAAUUGCUGUAAGAACCAUAACUUUGAAUGUCUACAAAGUGUCAUUGGAUAACCAGGCCAUGCUGCACUAUAUCCGAGAUAAAACUGCUGUUCCUUACUUCUCCAAUUUGGUCUGGUUCAUCGGGAGCCACGUGAUCGAACUCGAUAACUGUGUGCAGACCGACGAGGAGCACCGGAAUCGGGGGAAACUGAGCGACCUGGUGGCCGAGCACCUGGACCACCUGCACUAUCUCAAUGACAUCCUUAUCAUCAACUGUGAGUUCCUCAAUGACGUGCUCACGGACCACCUGCUGAACAGGCUCUUCGUGCCCCUCUAUGUGUACUCGCUGGAGAACCAGGACAAGGGAGGAGAACGCCCGAAAAUCAGCCUGCCGGUUUCUCUCUAUCUCCUGUCGCAGGUCUUCCUAAUUAUACAUCACGCACCCCUGGUGAACUCACUAGCGGAAGUCAUUCUGAACGGUGAUCUGUCUGAGAUGUAUGCUAAGAGCGAACAGGAUGUUCAGCGAAGUUGCGCCAAGCCCAGCAUUCGGUGCUUCAUUAAACCCACCGAGACGCUAGAGCGGUCCCUUGAGAUGAAUAAGCACAAGGGCAAGAGGCGGGUGCAAAAGAGACCCAACUACAAAAACGUUGGGGAGGAAGAAGAUGAGGAGAAGGGGCCCGCCGAGGACGCCCAGGAAGACGCUGAGAAGGCUAAAGGUACUGAGGGUGGUUCAAAAGGCACCAAGACGAGUGGGGACAGUGAAGAGAUAGAGAUGGUGAUCAUGGAGCGCAGCAAGCUCCCGGAGCUGGCGGCCAGCACGUCCGUGCAGGAACAGAACACCACGGACGAGGAGAAGAGCGCCGCCACGGGCUUGGAGAGCGUGCAGUGGAGCAGACCCUUCCUAGAUAUGGUGUACCACGCCCUGGACAGCCCGGACGACGACUACCACGCACUGUUUGUGCUCUGCCUCCUCUAUGCCAUGUCUCAUAACAAAGGCAUGGAUCCUGAGAAACUAGAGCAGAUCCAGCUCCCGGUGCCCAGUGCGGCCGACAAGACCACCUACAACCAUCUCCUGGCCGAAAGACUCAUCAGGAUCAUGAACAACGCUGCCCAGCCAGAUGGGAAGAUCCGGUUGGCGACGCUGGAGCUGAGCUGCCUGCUCCUAAAGCAGCAAGUCGUGGCCAGCGCGGGCUGCAUCAUGAAGGACGUGCACCUGGCCUGCCUGGAGGGUGCCAGAGAAGAAAGCGUUCACUUGGUACGGCAUUUUUAUAAGGGAGAAGAAAUUUUUUUGGACAUGUUUGAAGACGAGUACAGGAGCAUGACAAUGAAGCCCAUGAAUGUGGAGUACCUCAUGAUGGACGCCUCUAUCCUGCUGCCCCCGACGGGCACGCCGCUGACCGGCAUCGACUUCGUGAAGCGGCUGCCGUGCGGUGACGUGGAGAAGACGCGGCGGGCCAUCCGGGUGUUCUUCAUGCUCCGUUCCCUGUCACUGCAGCUGCGAGGGGAGCCCGAGACCCAGUUGCCACUGACGCGGGAGGAGGACCUGAUCAAAACCGAUGACGUCCUAGAUCUGAACAACAGUGACCUGAUCGCGUGCACCGUGAUCACCAAGGAUGGCGGGAUGGUCCAGCGAUUCCUGGCUGUCGAUAUUUACCAGAUGAGCUUAGUGGAACCUGAUGUGUCCAGGCUUGGCUGGGGAGUGGUCAAGUUCGCAGGCCUGCUGCAGGACAUGCAGGUGACCGGUGUGGAGGACGACAGCCGCGCCCUGAACAUCACCAUCCACAAGCCUGCGUCCAGCCCCCACUCCAAGCCCUUCCCCAUCCUCCAGGCCACCUUCGUCUUCUCGGACCACAUCCGCUGCAUCAUCGCCAAGCAGCGCCUGGCCAAGGGCCGCAUCCAGGCGAGGCGCAUGAAGAUGCAGAGAAUAGCCGCCCUCCUGGACCUCCCGAUCCAGCCGACGACCGACGUCCUGGGGUUUAGACUCGGCUCCUCUUCCUCCCAGCACCUGCCUUUCCGCUUCUACGACCAGUGCCGCCGGGGCAGCAGCGACCCCACCGUGCAGCGCUCCGUGUUCGCGUCCGUGGACAAGGUGCCAGGCUUUGCCGUGGCCCAGUGCAUAAACCAACACAGCUCGCCGUCCCUGUCCUCGCCACCGCCGUCUGCCAGCGGGAGCCCCAGCGGCAGCGGGAGCACCAGCCACUGUGACUCUGGAGGCGCCAGCUUGUCGUCCACCCCUUCCGCCAUCCAGAGCCCGGCAGAUGACCCCGUCGCUACGGAACAGCCUCAGCCUAAACUUCCCAGCCAGCUGGUGAUCGUCAGCGAAACAGAAGCAGACGCCCGGCCCGGCAAGAGCCUGGCGAGGAGCACAGACGUGGAGACAGCCAACCUGUCCCCCAGCCUCAUCCCCGCCCGGCAGCCCACCAUCUCCCUGCUCUGUGAGGACACUGCCGACACACUGAGCGUGGAGUCACUGACCCUUGUCCCUCCUGUCGACUCCCACAGCCUCCGCACCCUCCCCGGCAUCCCCCCGCCACCUGUGACGCCCGCAGCGGGCACGGUGACGCCAGGCGAGGAGCCAGCGGGCCCCGCUGAGCACUGAGCGGGCGCCGAGUGGCCUCCCCGUGUGUGUGUGUGUGUGUGUGUGGCCCCGCCGGUAGGGACCCAGUACUGCUGACCCAGAGACACAUCAGGAGCACCCCGGUCCCCGCGGCCCCGGAACCAUCUCUGCACCCAUUCCUGUGCUCCUUUGCUUCAUUUUGAAUUCCUGUUUCACUUUGCGCCUCUUGGGAGAGCAGGCUGGACCCGGUGGAGACACCCCAGUGAACCCAGGGGACGGGAGGAGGUUGGCCUCCCGGUCUCUGAACCUGGUGACCCUGGGGUGGCAGGACCCCCGCACCCUCUCGUCAUCAGCCGGCCGCUCCGGUCUGGAAGCUCCUUGGCCACCAUGUCCAGUGUGCACAGAAGAAGCGGACCAAGUCACUUUGGGUAGGAAUUUGUAGAGAAACAAACUUGGAUAAGCAUCUCCUUUGGAUAUUUAUUUCCGCUUUCGGCAACAGAUGAAAAGCAUUUAUUUAAAAAGCGUGUAUUUAAAAAAAAAAAAUCCAAAAAAAAAAAAAAAAUCCUCAACCCUGAGGUUUGGCGUCAUGUUAGACAUGUGAUGUUACUGUUAAGAUUUCAUUUUCGUCUUCCCUUGAACUUCCCAGCGUUUUGUUCUAAAGGUCUCAGUCUGGCUUUCUCCGUUUUCUUAUUUCUCUAUGACUCGCUAACUCCGCAAGCCUGUGGAAUGAUUCAAGGACCUUCCUGGAAAGUUUAGAUUAUUUUUUCAACAACAGUAAAGGAGACCCCACGUAUUCUCAGGUACACACGGAGCUGAGAGGGCCAGAGGUUUCUCAGGCGUGGUAGCCACGGGGCCUUGCGUUUCCUGAAACGCCUGCCCGGGAAAGGGGCCGGUGCGGCCAGCUCCCCACUCAGGACCCAUCCUUCGUCUCUCCGGACCGAAACCAGUCAGGGCUGCUGCCCAGCUCCACCUUCAGAUCUUGCCGUCUCUCUCUGUCUAGAAAGAACCGCUUGGGACCGUGCAGACUCCGGCCGUGUGGCCGGGAUGGAAAGGAAAGGCCACGGAAGCUGUCCUGUGCGUGGCCCGUGUCCCCACCAUGUGUGUUCGCCCAGGCGGGAGUGUGGGGAGACGCCCGCUGCGGGGUCGCGCCCCAGUUCGAGGAGCUGUCCAGGGAACUCCGGUCCACCGCCCUUCCUCCCGGCUGCCCCUGCAGAAACAAAAGCUUAUUUUUAAAGAUGAACCCCACCCCCCACCCCCACCCAGUGGCUUCUCCAUUUGAGCUGGACGCAUGCAGGCCGGUUCCCUGACGUAUCUGAGAAAGCGCCUACUUGGACAGGUGCAGCCAUGCAACCCUCACCUCUCUCCAGUCAGCGCUGAGACCCUCCAGACUCUCCUCCUCUGUGUCCCGGGAGUCCCAGCACACAUGGGCCCGGUUGUCGGGCGGCCUCAGGAGGCGCUCUGAGCCCUCACAGUCUACCUAUUCAAGGACCGCGGGUCUCCCUGGCUUCCCUCAUCCUGCUGGUGUAGAAGGGCCUGCCGAGGCCAGGUCUCCUCCUCCUGAAAGAAACAUGGUGGUCCCGCAGAGGAGGGGCACGGUGCCCGUGGGGACGGGGCUCUCCAUCAGAAGCCCUCUGGGUGGGUGUGCCCACCCCGCUUCAAUAGGGAAGAGACCCAGGUCGGAAAAGGAGGCCAUUCAGACAGAAAUUCUGGGGGCCCCAGGAGGAGGGACAAGCCAUGACCCAUCAGCAGGGCCCCCCCUCCCCCCACCCAGGAAGGAAAGGCAGAAGGGAUGGAAGGGGUCGGGGAGGAGAAAGGACUGUCAGCAGUCCUGUGUUCUAUGUGAUUUUUUGCUGGGACGUAAGAGCAGGCUGGCUCCCUGGUUUGGCAGGGGCUGUGGGGCAGAAGUAGAAAGCGAGUAACUUCCCAGCCCGGGGGCAUUAUUGGGAAGAACAAGCCCAUGCAGGUCCCCUGCCCCCUGCCCUGGGACCGCCAGCCUGCCACCAGAAAUCCCAUGGCUCCAAGUGGCUUUGUGGCCACCGAGCCCUGGAGGAGAGAUGGGAGCACAGCAUGUCUCGGGGGCCCUGCGGCAGCAUUGCCGGGGCCGGGAGACGGGAACACAGCCCAGCCUCCAGCAGCAGCUGAGCAGGCGUGUCGAUUGCCAAGGGCAGGCCUCUCCCAAAGGCGGGCUUGCGUUGUGGGUCCUGUGACCUCGGUGGGACACCUGUAGGUGUGGGGUGGGGACUUCCUUUAAGCAGGGGCUCCCAGGCACCUUGCUGAUGAGGGGGCGGCAUACAGCUUUGUGCGAGGAGGCCUGGGGUCCAGAGGAGGUUGGCUCUGAUGAAGGACCAUCAGAGGGCUGGGUCUUGACCAUCGUGGCGGCAUUGGGCAUGGCCGCGUCUUCAGGAGCACCCCGCAAGCCUAAGAGCGGGGUGCUCCCAGGCAGGCCAGCCCAGGCAGAGGGCACUUGGACUCCAGGUUCGGGCAGAGGGAGGCAGAGCGGGGAAUCCUGGCCGAGCAGGAGUGGGGACCACAAACCUUCUGGACUCCUCGGCAAGCCCACCCAGCCUGCAAUCUCCGUGUCCCUACAGAGAGAGGGGCCAGGCCCACCUGCCUCAAGUCCAUUGGGCCCAGUGAGUUUGCCAAGCCAGGGGCAGGGCUCGCCGCCUAAACCCCCAAACCUCAGCUGUGAAAGUUGCUGUGGAGAGAAGCAUACGUCCUUCCAGCUUAAGGGCCCGAGCGAGCCAGGGCACCUCCCCCUGAGGGUCGGACGGGGUGAGGCCAGGGGCUCCCCAGGACCAGCCCCAAAGCCACAGCAGGAAUGCGGGGCAGAUGAGGGGCCGGGACGCAGCCUGCCUCACUGCAGGCCUUUGCUCCCUUCUCCUCCCUCUGGCCUGUCUGCCCCCCACCCCCACCCCGCCCCGCUCUCUGCAGAGGGCAGCCCCCCACCCAAACACCUGAAUUAGCAAGGCCCCCAGGCGGGAGUGAAGGGACAGCCCUCGUUAAAGACAUACACUAGAUUUCCCUAAAGUCUCACGACGCACUGUUAGAAAUAAAGGCACGGGGUGAAGGGAUUCUCAUCUUUUCUAGAUGCAAUAAAUAAGAAAUAUUUAAUGUAGUCAUGUUGACAUUGGGCAUAAACUAUCAGGGUUCCUUAUGUUCCUCUGAGGUGAAAAUAUGUAAAUAAUUCUCGGCCCAAGGCGGAGCAGGGGUUGAGAAACCUCCCGCUUCUGGGCCAAGGGACCGUUCCAGGGAAGAACCUGCUGUCGCCAGCGUGACUCAUGCUUUGUGGGCUCCCAACACGAGGGUGGAAAUGAAAACUGGAACUUCCUGGUAAAUUUGAACUUGGCAAUAAAACAGAAAAAGUUACCAAGAA